AUGACUUUGGCUCUAUCUUAUCUUCUGAGAAAAAAGAUUAAGAUUAGUAAGAUUAGGGCUAAUAGAGGCAAAGGUGGAGGCUUAGGAAAUCAGCAUCUUACAGGGGUAUAAUUAUAGCUAUUAAAAUUUUUAGCUAAAUUCCUUGACUAGUUUAUUGCCAGCAUGUCAAGUAAAGGGGAAUAUUAAAAGACACCAGGCAGCACUCAUCUUGUAGCAUAAAUGCUCUUGCCUUGUUUAAUUUUUCAAAAUGAGAAGGCUCUAAACUUCUAUAUAAAAGGUGGAACUCUUGUUGGAAUGAGUCCAACCUGUCAUUCAUAUGAAAGGGUUUUGAUUCCUACAUUAAAAAUGUUUAACAUUCAAACUACUUAUGAAGUGAUAAAUCAUGGGCUCUUCCCAGAUUUAGUCGGAUAAAUAAAAUUUCAACUGUAGUCUAGUCAAGAAUAAUUAACAAACAUUUAGUUUAUAAAUAGAGGAGAACUAAAGUCAAUUGACAUUUUUGUAUCCUCUACGGCUGGACCACUAUUAAGUUAUUAUGAGGAUGAUUGCAAAAAUUAAAUUCUUAACGGACUUGCAGAGCUAGUUGGUAGUGUUCCGAUUAAUAUAAAUGAAAUAGAUUUACCUAUAAACACUCCUAAAUAUUCCAAAGCUUAAACUUUAUUGAUCACAGCUGUUUUAAACUUUGAAAAUCCAACCUGCUUAAGUGCAAGUAUCCUUGUAGAAAAAUCAAACUUAAAAAAAUAAGAUCAUGUAUAAGUUCUAUUGCAAGAAAUAAAAGAACUUAUUCAAAACAAUCUAUUAACUACAGAUGAAUAUCAUACUGACUAGCUGAUGAUAUUUAUGGCUUUAGCAAAAGGAAAAUCGUCAAUAAUUUGCAAAGAACUAUCACUGCAUUCUUAGACUAUGAUUGAGCUUUUAAAAAUGUUCUUUGGUGACAGAAUUCAAUUAGAGGUAAAUGAGAUUACAAAGGAUACAUAAAAAGCUUUUCAAUUAGACAUAGAUGGAGUGGAGAAAAUACUAAACGAAUUCGCUGUUAGACUAAACAAAUCUAGAACUCAAUUGCAAGAAGUUUGCAAUCAGGUGGAGACAUUAAAGAAAGAGUCAAAUAAGCUUUAAAGGUAGCUAGAUGAAGCAAACUAGGAAAAAGCCUAGGCUGAGAGAUUGCAAGAAGAGUUAAAGCAUAAAUACAUUAACACCAAAGUUUGCAAUGAAGAGGAGAGUGAGAAGCAUUAAUAGGAGUAGAAUGAGCUUAACAAUUUGAGAAAGCUCAAGAGAAAAUUGGUUAAGGAAAAAGAAUUAGCAGAAAAGGACUGCGAGAAACUAAGCAACGAGCUUCAACAGCAUAUUCAUGACAGAAAGGAACUUGAAUCUUUAGCUAAAAGGUUAUCUGAGCAACUUGAAUAGGUUCAGGGAGAGAAAUAAGGAUUAAUGGAUGAGUACACUAACAAUCAAUAAACUAUCAAUGAUUACAAUAUUGAACUGAAGGAAUUGAAAGAUGAGCUUGAAAGUAUGAAGAAUGUGAUUGCACAUACUUUCGAAGAUGAACUGAAAACUGCUAAUUCCAUGAAUGUUGCAAGUGUAAUGGAAGUUACUACAAUCAUCUUUUGCUUAAGGAUGAUGUCGGUAGAUCUAAACCCACCACAAGAGCAUUACCUUAAGAAUAUUUCGUAUAUGGUAGACCAGAAUAUAGAGAUCCAGAAGAUGCUGGCAAAGGUAUCAUAAAGAACUAUUUAAAUUAUUUAGUUUCAACAAGUUGGAAAUUUCAUAAUCAAAGUCGAAUAGCAGGAACUGAUAAAGAUUUUAAAAACUUAAAUCGAGAGGCAAUUAGACAGAGAGCUACAACCGCUCAUAUAAGCUCAGAAUAUCAGAUUGAGAGAGCCAUCAGGAGCUGUUCUUAAGUCAAUCAAUAGAUCAAUCAAACUUCCAGAUGAAAGCUUCACUUACGGUAAAUCAUUGAGACCCUCUACUCCAAUAAAGGAUGUAGUCUGUAAUUUUUAUGCUGAUGUUGCAGAGCAGUAGAUGCUCAGCAGAUAUCAAUACUUGAGAUAGUAAUCAAGAAGCGGCACCAGACUUAGUUGCUUUGAGAGACACACUAAGGCAUCCGCACUAGCUAAGGAUCAUAUUGAGAAUUAAGGGAAAAAUGAAAGUAUAAUCACAAGAGAUACAAGAACUCUAUUUAAAAUGAAGAAAUUCCAAAAUGUGGCCCCCAGGACUAAUACCAAUAUGGGAAAACGAGCUAAUCUUAAUAGAUCUGCACUUGAAUGA